UCACACGCGCCUUCUUUACAGGGUGAAGACACAGGCAAUGUCACACAGCCCUCCUCAUCAUCACGACUAAAAACUCACCUAUCUUACACACAAUUAUUCCAGCAUUUGGGAAAAAUAAUAACCGAAUCGCACUGACUGCUGUGUAGAGCUCUGAGCUCUAGAAGGUGCUGUCCAAGGUCCUGAACUUCUCCAGCCCAGCUUCACUCUACUACAUGCUAACAGGCAGCUCCUGACACCCAGUUCCAGCACUCUUUACAUCAACGCACGACUUUGAACCAUGGAGGAGGGUUACAGAGACCGUACGGCAUUCAUUAAAGGUGCUAAGGACAUUGCAAAAGAGGUCAAAAAGCAAGCAGGUAAAAAGGUGGGCCGCCAUGUGGACAAGAUGACUGACGAGUACACCAAACGCUCUUAUACCCGCUUCGAAGAGGAAGACGAUGAUGACGAUUACCCCGUGCAGGCCCAGGACGGCAGCUACUACCGCAGCAACAGCAGGGCCAACGACGACGAAGGAGCUCACAGUGACUCCACAGAAGGCCACGAUGAGGAUGAUGAGAUCUACGAGGGCGAAUACCAGGGCAUCCCCAGGAAUGACUCCGUUGAGAAGGCCGAUAGACAGGUGGGCGAAGUGGGACAGUCUCAGUUCCGGGACAUAACACAGUACGAGGGGGAAAGGAGGAAGGACCAGGAGGAGCUAGCCCAGCAGUACGAGACCAUCCUCCAGGAGUGUGGCCACGGCCGCUUCCAGUGGACCCUGUACUUUGUGCUGGGUCUGGCCCUCAUGGCUGAUGGCGUGGAGAUCUUCGUGGUGGGCUUCGUACUACCCAGUGCUGAGAAAGACAUGUGUUUGUCUGAGCCCAACAAAGGGAUGCUGGGUCUAAUUGUGUAUCUGGGUAUGAUGGUGGGUGCCUUUGUGUGGGGAGGUCUGGCUGACAGAAUCGGCCGCAGACAGACCCUUCUUAUCUCUCUCUCCAUCAACAGUGUCUUUGCUUUCUUCUCCUCCUUUGUCCAAGGAUAUAGCUCUUUUCUGUUCUGUCGUCUGCUCUCCGGCGUGGGGAUCGGUGGCUCUAUUCCCAUUGUGUUCUCGUAUUACUCUGAGUUUCUGGCUCAAGAGAAGCGUGGUGAGCACUUGAGCUGGCUCUGCAUGUUCUGGAUGAUUGGAGGCAUCUACGCUGCUGCCAUGGCCUGGGCCAUCAUUCCCCACUAUGGCUGGAGUUUCCAAAUGGGCUCAGCCUACCAGUUUCACAGCUGGCGAGUGUUUGUGCUGGUGUGUGCGUUCCCGGCCGUCGCCGCUAUCGCUGCGCUGACCACCAUGCCAGAGAGCCCACGCUUCUUCCUGGAGAACGGAAAACAUGAUGAAGCAUGGAUGAUUCUGAAACAGGUCCAUGACACCAACAUGAGGGCCAAGGGCUACCCGGAGAGGGUUUUCUCUGUCACCACUAUUAAGACGGUGAAACAGAUGGAUGAGUUGGUUGACAUGGGUGGAGACGCCACAGCCUGGCAUCAGCGCUGGAGGAUCAAGCUGACCAACCUCUUCCAUCAGGUGUGGAGCAACUUCCUGACAGUGUUUAAUCCAGAGUACCGGAGGAUCACCUACAUGAUGAUGGCUGUGUGGUUUUCCAUGUCCUUCAGCUACUACGGGCUGACUGUUUGGUUCCCUGACAUGAUCAAAUACCUGCAGAAACAAGAGUACUCCUCACGCACAAAGGUCUUCAUCAAAGAGAAAGUGGAGCAUGUGACCUUUAACUUCACCCUGGAGAACCAGAUCCACCGGAAUGGAGAGUACUUCAACAACAAGUUCUUGAAUCUGAAGAUGAAGUCUAUGGUAUUUGAAGACUCCCUGUUUGAGGAAUGCUACUUUGAGGAUAUCACGUCAAGCAACACCUUCUUCAAAAACUGCACCUUCAUCUCCACCCUCUUCUACAACACAGACUUGUUCAAGUACCGGCUGAUCAACAGCAAACUCAUCAACAGCACCUUUCUGCAUAACAAAGAGGGCUGUAUGCUGGAUUUCAGCGAUGAGAACAAUGCCUACAUGAUCUAUUUUGUUAGCUUCCUUGGCACACUUGCCGUCCUGCCCGGGAAUAUUGUGUCAGCUCUGCUCAUGGACAAGAUCGGACGUCUAAGAAUGCUGGCCUUCGGGUUUCUGAACGCCCUCUGUAAGUUAGCUGCAGUUUUGGGUAUAAGCAUCUUCCAGUCGUUCGUGGGCAUCACUAAAGCGGUGCCCAUCCUCUUCGCCUCGGGGGCUUUGGCAGUCGGAAGCUUCUUGGCCCUCAAGCUCCCUGAGACUCGUGGUCAGGUGCUUCAAUAG